GGACCUCAUAAGAAAGCAAUCUUCUUCGCCGAGGCAAGCAGUGCAGAUCGCCUCUUAACUUCUAGCUCGCUGCUCUUUUAUUCUUCACGACACAUCUAACUCUCCGUAAUGGCCAACCAAACAGGAAGCAACUCGUCCGGUAUGUGAAGAGGCUGCGUGAUCGAGAUACUAGGUCUGCAUGCUGACAGCGAGACAGCACAAGACCGCCUUGCACAGGUCGCGGAUCAUUUGGGCGGUGUGAAGCAGUCAGGCAGGGCCUCGCUGCUUCAGAAGAAUCCCGAUGAUGUACGUUCAGCCACCGUCGUCCGGACGCAGCGUUUCUCCAAGGCUGUGCAGUGUCAGUGGCGAUACGCCCGCUCCCCACUCACGCAAGCAGAGCUUCGCAUACCCUCUACUACGUUGCAUGUCAACUAACGGAACUCUUCAGAUCGUCAUCACCGCUGCACUCCGAACUCCAAUUACCAAGGGAGGAAAAGGUGGCUUCAAAGACACGGCAGCAGCAGACCUCCUCCACGGCGCUUUCAAGGCGCUCAUCCAACGCUCCGGCAUCGACCCCGCCCUCGUCGAAGACAUCGCCGUCGGCGCCGUGCUCGCUCCCGGCGGCGGCGCCACCGAAUUCCGCGCAGCAGCCCUCGCCGCGGGCUUCCCCGUCACAACCUCGGUCAAGUCGCUGAACAGACAGUGCUCCAGCGGUCUACAAGCAUGCGUGGACAUUGCAAACGCAAUCAAGAGCGGUAUGAUCGAGGUCGGGAUCGGUGCAGGCGCCGAGAGCAUGAGCCAGCAGUAUGGCCCGGGGGCGGUCACCGAGUUCAGCGAGCUGCUCGAAAAUCACAAAUCAGCUGCUGAAUGCAAGGUGCCCAUGGGCGUGCUGAGCGAGAAGAUGGCCAAGGCGAAGGGCAUUGCCCGCGCGGACCAGGACAAGUUUGCCGCGGCGUCUUUCCAGAAGGCGAUCGAGGCGCAGAAGAAGGGACUCUUUGACGAGGAGAUUGCCCCGCUGACCGUCAAGUGGACCGACCCGAAGACGGACGAGGAGAAGACGAUUACGGUCAGCAAGGAUGACGGCGUGCGAGAGGGCAUCACCGCGGAGAGCCUGGGUAAGAUCAAGCCCGCCUUCUCGAAGGACGGGUCCAUCCACGCGGGCAAUGCUUCGCAGAUCUCAGACGGCGCGGCAGCUGUGCUGCUCAUGAAGCGCAGCACCGCGCAGCGCCUCGGCCAGAAGAUCAUCGGCAAGUUCGUGCAGGCCUCUGUCGUUGGCGUGCCCCCGCUACUCAUGGGCAUCGGUCCCGCCGCCGCCAUCCCCGUCGUGCUCCAGAAGACCGGGCUGAACAAGGACGAGGUCGAUAUCUACGAGAUCAACGAGGCUUUUGCGAGCCAGUGCUUGUAUUGCAUCAACGACCUCGGUUUGGACCAGGCCAAGAUUAAUCCCAAGGGUGGAGCCAUUGCUUUUGGUCAUCCUCUUGGCGUCACUGGUGCGAGGCAGGUUAGCACGCUGCUGACGGAGCUGAGGCGGACUGGCAAGCAGAUUGGAGUCACCAGUAUGUGCAUAGGAACUGGCAUGGGCAUGGCCGCUGUGUGGGUCGCAGAGUAAACUUCAUAUCGGUACAACAUCUUGUGUGAUUGCAAAACUGAUCUCAAUCUACCAAAUUUCCUUGAAUUGUUCCGGAAGGAUCUUGACAUGCCGUCGCUCCGCCCUUUUGUGCCAGCGCGCUGGACCUCACACCACGGCUACCCACGUCGAAUCCGCGGCUCCGGGAGGGAGAUUAAGACCCGCUCUAGAUGCGCUAGCAGCCCUUGUGAAUAGCGUUAAGCGUGCGAGCCGGACCAGCAGCUAGGUGGCCAUCGGAGCUAAUGCGUUUCCGCGGCGGCAGCCCCGAGUGGGAACUUUUACACGGGCCACGCGUCUUUGCCCGUCCAGCUUGUCGGUGCAAGACAUGGCUGGGCUCUGGAACUUUUGAACACG